UUGUAGUUUUAUAGGAAUUGUACGAGAGACCCAGAUGUGUUUUUUUCCCUGUGACUUAGCUGAAUUCAACAGCCAGGGAGGCAGUGAUGUUCCAGACUGCGUUAAAGCAAAGACAAUUCAAGUGAAAACCAUCCGUGUGUAGAACCCAGAUCAGAACAGACGGGGUUCUGAGAUAAGACCAAGCCCAAAGAGAACACACACACACACACACACACACACACACACACACACACACACACACACACACACACACACACACACAUGCCCAAAAAGACCAAGCAAGCAAACACCCAAAGAGCUGUGCUGGAGACUGGCUACUGAGACUGCCCUGCUCUGCCAACCAUGGCAGUACCUCCACCCAUGAGUUCUUCAGACCCCACCCCUCCAGCGCCCUCCCCUCUGAGCUCUCAAGUGCAUGCUGCCGCUGUCAAUGGAGACAAGAGCACCCUACAGAAGCUCAUCACAGCGGAUCCUGCUCUGAGGGACAGCGUGGAUGGCUUUGGCAGGACUCCUCUGAUGUACUGUGUGCUGGCUGAUCGGUUGGACUGUGCAGAGGCUCUACUGAAGGCUGGAGCUGCAGUCAACCAGAGAGACCACAGCCACCGCACCGCACUGCACCUGGCAGCUCAAAAGGGUAACACUCGCUUCAUGAAGCUGCUGCUGUCUCGACGAGCUGAUUGGCUGCUGAAGGAUCGGGAGGAAAUGACAGCGCUCCACCUGGCCACGCGCCACGCGUCCUCUAAACCCCUCGCCCUGCUGCUGAGACACAUGGGGCCAGGGGAGGUGGACACACAGGACAAGAACAAGCAGACAGCACUGCACUGGAGUGCGUUCUACAACCACGCAGAGCACGUGAAGCUUCUGAUCAAGCACGACUCCAACAUCGGGAUCCCUGACAGCGAGGGCAAGAUCCCGCUACACUGGGCCGCUCACAACACACACCCCAAUGCCACACACACCGUCCGCUGCAUCCUGGAGGCUGCUCCCACGGAGUCCCUGCUGAACUGGCAGGACUAUGAGGGCCGCACGCCGCUGCACUUCGCCGUGGCCGUCGGGAACGAGGAGGUGGUGAAGGCGCUGACGUCAUACGAAGGCUGCAGCGUCACCGCCUACGACAACCUGUUCAGAACCCCGAUGCACUGGGCUGCCCUGCUGGGUCAUGCGCAGAUUGUCCAUCUGCUGUUAGAGAGGAAUAAAUCCGGCUGUAACCCAUCAGACAGCCAGGGUGCUACACCUCUUCACUAUGGAGCUCAGAGCAAUUAUGCUGAUACCGUGGCAGUGUUCGUCCGCCAUCGUUCUGUGCGAGAUGAACCGGACCUGGAGGGCAGGACCGCAUUCAUGUGGGCUGCUGGGAAGGGCAGUAAUGAUGUCAUCAGAACCAUGCUGGACCUCAAGCCUGACCUGGACAUCAAUAUGGCCGACAAAUACGGAGGAACAGCGCUGCAUGCUGCUGCUCUCUCGGGCCAUGUAUCUACCGUGUCUCUGCUGCUGGAGCGAGGGGCAGCCGUGGACCCGCUGGACGUCAUGAGACACACGCCGCUCUUCCGAGCCUGUGAGAUGGGCCACCGAGACGUCAUCCUCACACUCAUCAAAGGUGGCGCUCAUGUGGAUCUGGUUGACAUAGACGGGCACUCAGCGCUGCACUGGGCGGCUCUGGGAGGGAACGCGGAGGUGUGCGAGGUCCUCAUGGAGAACGGGCUGGGGCCAGACCUGCAGGACAGCGCGGGGAGAACACCCCUGCAGUGCGCCGCCUACGCCGGCUACAUCAACUGCAUGGCCCUGCUGCUGCAGCACAACGCUGACGCCAACAUACAGGACAAAGAGGGACGGACAGCUCUACACUGGUCUUGCAAUAAUGGUUACCUGGAUGCUGUGAAGCUGCUGCUGGGCUGUGGGGCUUUUCCCAACCACAUGGAGAACAAUGAAGAAAGGUACACUCCUCUGGACUAUGCUCUGCUGGGGGAGCACCAGGACCUGACCCAGUACCUGCUGGAGCACGGGGCCAUGUCCAUCGCAGCCAUCCAGGACAUCGCCGCCUGCUCCAUCCAGGCGCUCUUCAAGGGCUACCGUGUGCGCCACGCUUUCAAGGAGCGCAAGAACCUCCUCAUGAGACACGAGCAGCUGCGCAAGGAUGCUGCCAAGAAAAGGGAAGAGGAGCGUAGACGGGAAGCUGAACAACAGCUCUCAUUGGCUGGAUCACUGGAACAGGAGCUCUCAUUGGCUGGAUCACCGGAACAGGAGCUCUCAUUGGCUGGAUCACUGGAACAGGAGCUGUCAUUGGCUGAUCAAGCCCCUCGUGGGGGUGGGAAGAGGGGGGUUAAAGUUCAAGACACCUCCAAAAGAAGUGCUUCAAGAACACGACGCAGCCAGUGCCAACGCAAAAUGGAGUCUCCUCAUUCUCACCAAGGUGGUGUGGACACUGAGGAGGUGCCUAGGAGCGUCAGAGUGUGUGUGCCGGCCAUGUGUGUGUCAGGAGUUGUGGGAUCGGAGCGUCUCUCUCCUGCCGGUUCAAGUCGCCCUGGCAGUGCCAAACCCCAACUUCCAAUUGCCACGGAAACUCAGCCCAAACUGCCCACAUCCCGUUCCAGUGCUGUGGCAAGUCACCCUAGUUCAGCAAAGCAACAAGUAAUGGACAGAGAGGGGGCGUGCAGGAGGGAGAAGGAGAAGAAGACCGACAGGGAGAGGGAGAGGGAGAGAGAGAGGGAGAGGGAGAGAGAGAGGGAGAGACGGAAGAAGGAGAUGGAACAGAGGAGGAACCGGGCAGCCAAAAUGAUACAAAGAGCCUGGAGAAGGCAUCGAACCCGACUCCUCCUGAGGGAGGUCCUGUGCAGGAGGCAUAAACGAGCAGACGCAGCAGAGGUUACCACCCUCGUGAUCCAGCUGUUGUGGGAUCGGCCCGUGCCUCACGGUCAAGCGCGCGGCAAAGCCAAGGCCGAACUCAGAGCUCCUCCCACUAAGAGCACCGUGAAGAAAUCUUCCGUUCUCCAAAAUAUCUAUGGAGGAUCACAAACCAGGAGGGGUGGAUUCAACAAAAUAACUACGCCAUUAAACAGCUCGAGUCAUCCUCUCCUGCCGCUUCAAAAUAGCCGCACAUUGAGUGGGAUGGAGUGUGUGCGUGUGGACUCCUCUCCGGCCAGGCACUACUCUUACCACAUGAGGCCCGUCAGCAAGAACACACAGAGGCAGAGCCGGACCAAGAACUGACACAAACAGUCCCGGCCUCCACUGACCAAAUUAAACAGCGAAACCAAACCAAAACCAAAACACUAUGUAAGCAAACACAAACACACGGCUCAGCCUAAAGACUUGCAGGUGUUACCGUAUGUGGACUUUCAUUUUCACACACACACACACACACACACACACACACAGACAGACAGACAGACUCUCUUUUGUGUGUGGGGGUGUUUGUGUGUGACAUAGGAGUCUUGGCCAUCUCCCAAGUCCCUAGACAGAUCCAAGUGUUGUAGUCAUGACAACCUUGGGGGUCAUGGGGUUAAAAAUACAGACACGGCUGACCUUCCAUAUCAGUGACACACACCCACACCUGACAAAACCAAGAGCACCAGCCGGUGCACCUGGAGACCGUCCACUGCCUGACAUGUAACCCCCCCCCCCCCCCAAUCC